AGUAGGGUUAUAAAAUACGUUGUGUGGUUGUCAAACUCAAGUAUUCAAGAGGGUAAAAUUUGAUUUUACAUUUUUCUCGCAAUUUUAAACUAAUUAACCAAACUACAAAUUAAUUAAAUUCAAACAUGUAACCAUGAGUUCGGACGAGUCUUCAGAAACUCGCCAAAAUAACGAGUUCGGAGCGUUGCAGGCCAUUUAUUUUGAUAACUUAAAAGAUUUGCGCAAAAAAGCGGCGUGGAAUAAAUGGACACCGUUGGAUUUUUCUAUCACAUUGGGGCCUCAACAGGGAAGCGCCGGAACUUCGGAAUUUUACGUACAAGUGGAUUUACACGUUAUUUGCAAUGAACAUUACCCCUAUAGUGUUCCCAAGAUUUCCCUGGAAAACGGAAAAGGCUUAUCGAAUGCCCUUCUGGGCGAGCUUAAAGAAAGUUUAGAUCGCAAAGCUGAAGAAUUGAAAGGCGAAGAAAUGAUAUUCCAGCUCAGUCAAAUAACCCAAGAAUUCCUGCACAAGCACAACAAACCGGCCUCGAAAAGUUUCUACGAGGAAAUGCUGGAGCGACAGAAAGAAAAGGAAUUGAUGGAAACCCAGGCUAGAAAAUUAGAAUCGGACCGAAGACGUCAGUACGUGAGAGAAGAAGUACAAAAAAGGGAAGAAAUCCUGAUAUCGGAGGCCAAAAAGAAACAUCUCAAUAGCUACACGGAAACCAGCGAUGAAUCGUUGUGCUCGCACAGGAGCAGUCUCGUAAUACAGUUCGGUUUCAGAGAAAUCCAAAGAGGACGAUGCCUCAAACACUCGAGCUCCAAUCGCACGACGUUCAGCGGUUUGGACACAGAAACCGGAGAAUUCGUCCUAAUCAGCGAAUGGAGCUUUCCGUACGGAAACAAACAGGACCUGCAGCAGAUCCAGAGGCAGCUCAACAGCAUCGAGCAGGAGAUCAAUUACCUGGUGAAACUGAAACACAACAGUCUGGCUCAAUAUUAUGGUUUGAAAUACGACAUUGGGGACGAUUUCGUUACCGUGUAUUUGUUGAAAGAGUUUAUUUUUGGUGUAAAUUGUUAUUCAUUGUUUACUAGUCAAAGUAUGAAAGUUGAUGUUGAUUAUUUGAAGUACAUAGCUAGAGGAGUUCUCGUGGGUUUGGAAUAUUUGCAUAGGAAUAACGUUGUGCAUAAGGAUUUAAAGGAUUCCAAUGUUUACAUUAAUUCAUUCGGUACAGUUGAAGUAUCGAAUUUUAGUAUUUACAGACGUUUGUUAGAUUUGAAUAACCAGAAUCACGGUUAUUACAACAAGAAGACUGAUAUUUUUAAGUUCGGAUUGUUCGUGUUGUCCCUCCUGCAAGGUUUCGCCGUGUCCGAAGACAAUUUGGUCAUACCGGAUAAGUUUUCUUCGGAUCUCUACGACUUCUUAUCCAGGUGCGUAGCAAAGGAAGAAAACGACCGAUACACUGCCCAGCAAUUAUUAAAUCAUCCGUUUUUCCACAAACCUUUGACUGUACUAUCACCGAAGAACUUCAAAGAAGAGAUUGAAUUAAGCAGGAACGUCUCGCCCGAAAUUAUCCAGACCGAUCUGCAACAGAUCCUCAGCAGGAGCUUCUCCGGCGGCCAAUCCAGGAUAAACAACGAAUUCGAAUUCCUGCAGCAUCUCGGCAAAGGAGCCUACGGAGAUGUCAUAAAAGUACAAAAUAAAUUAGACGGAGGUUAUUACGCCAUAAAAAGGAUCCGAUUGAAUCCCAAAAAUCGCGCUCUAAAUAAGAAAAUAGUGCGCGAGGUGAAGCUACUAUCUAGAUUAAAUCACGAAAAUGUCGUGAGAUAUUUCAAUUCCUGGGUGGAAACUACCACUAUUAAAGAAGACUUGGAUAGUACCGGUAGUAUAGUAAGCACUGAAGAAAAUGUACCAAAAAUCGUUAAAAAAACCGAGUUUACAAUAAACGAUGACAUAGAAGCCCUAGCGCCCCCUAUAAAAAACGUGGAAGUCUCCACCAAGUACGAGAGCAAGUCCCAAGCGGCUUACGAAAGUUCCUCCUCCGAUGACGAUUCCAGUGAUGAUGAUGAAGAAUGGGGCGGUAGAAUAUACGAAGAUUCCCAGUCGGAUAGCAUAGAGUUCGAACAUCAGUCGUCUGAAAUUAAUAAAGAAACAUCGAGCGAAUCUUUGGAGAAACAGAAACCGUGCAAUUCGGUGGAAAGUCCCAAGGAUUUGGUGAAGCAAAUCGAUUUCAUGUACAUCCAGAUGGAGUUUUGCGAAAAAAGCACUUUACGAACAGCCAUCGAUGACAAAUUGUACUUGGAGAAAGACAGAAUGUUGAGAUUGUUCAGGGAAAUCGUCGAAGGAUUGGCGUAUAUCCAUCAACAAGGCAUGAUCCACAGAGACCUGAAGCCGGUCAACAUUUUCCUGGAUUCGGAGGAUCACGUGAAAAUCGGCGAUUUCGGCUUGGCCACCACCAGCAUAAAAUCCAAACAAAUCGAAUACGUGUCCGGUAAAAAUGCUCCGGAACACGUGAAAGAAGAAACGGCCGAUGAAAGUAAAACCGGAUUCGUCGGAACGGCCCUGUACGUUGCUCCGGAAAUCGGGGCCUCGUCCAGAGUUGUUUACAGCCAGAAAGUGGAUAUAUACAGUUUAGGAAUAAUACUAUUCGAAAUGUGCUACAAACCUCUCGAAACCGCCAUGGAACGAAUCAAAAUUCUAACGAAAUUAAGAUCGAAAGAAAUCCAAUUUCCCGCCGAUUUUCUCUCCUGCAAAGACAACGAGAAACACGUCGAACUACUACGGUGGCUGUUGAACCACGAUCUAUCGAAACGGCCCACGUCGCAGGAGCUCCUGCAAUCCGAGCACAUUCCCGCGCCCGUCCUCGAAGAGUGCGAGCUCAGGGAAUUGGUCAGGCACACGUUGAACAAUCCCCAAUUGAAGGGGUACAAGUACCUCGUGGCCUCUUGCUUCAAGCAGGUGGCCACCUUCGCUCAGGACGUCACCUACGAUAGGGAUCCUGCGGCGCAGAGUCUCUCGCAGAAGCCGCUACAGCUGCAAGAAUUGAUUAAGGAUACGUGCGUUAAGAAAAAGGAAGAUAGAAAAAUAGAGGUAACAUGGUGGAUCCAAUCAGGCGCUUUGAGCGUAGGCAAAUAUAUUUUAAACGAGAAUUUCAUUAUGUUAAGAAUUGUUAUGAUUUUUAAGCAACACGGCGGGCAAAGUUUUUCCACGCCUCUGUUGAUGCCCAAAGGGAAAUUUUACGAAAAUUUGGAUUCCUGCGUGAAAGUGAUGACGCAUUUCGGCGGGAUUGUAUCACUGCCUUAUGACUUGAGGAUCCCAUUGGCAAGAUACGUAGUCUGGAAUGGUGUAACCUCGUUGAGAAGAUAUACGAUCGAAAGGGUUUAUCGAGAGAAAAAAGUUUACGGUUUUCAACCGAGAGAAUUGUUCGAAUGCGCCUUCGAUAUCGUCAGUCCUACUCCGGGUUUCAUGUACGACGCCGAGAUUUUGUACAUUGUUUACGAAAUUCUGAACGAACUUCCGGUGCUCAAGAACAAGCACAUCACGAUAAGACUGAAUCACAAUCAAUUGUUGCAAUCCAUUCUCUUGCAUUACGGUAUAAAGGAAAACUACCAAGAGAUCUACAAUUUAUUAUACGACGUCAAGGAGGGAAAAGUCCAAAAAUCCCAAAUGCAGAACUAUCUAAUCGGCCUCGGGUUGUCCGAUAACACCAUCGGCGUGCUGAUGAAUCUCCUCAAUUCCGAAUUCGAAAUGUCCAAAGCCCCGUCGCAAUUCCAAAUGAUAACCAAGAAGAAAACCGGCGAGGCCGGCCAAUUGGCCAGGCAGGCCCUGCAGGAAUUGAAAGUCAUUUGCCAGAACGCCGAAGCCUUCGGCAUCAAGUACGAUAUGGUAGUGUCUCCGGGUUUGGUGUACAACGUACAGCAGUACUCCGGCAUGAUAUUCCAGUUCGUCUGCGAGCUGAAGAAGAAGCACAAGCGAGACUCGAUGGAGGUUCUAGCCGCAGGAGGGCGAUACGAUUCUAUGAUAUCGUGGUACCGUUCGAUCGUGGAACAGGCCAGUAUAUCCAGCAAGAGCGUACAACAAUCCGCCGUGGGCGUGUCGAUCUCGUUGGAUAAACUGGUGCAAGCAUUGCAAAAGGCCCAGGGCGAGGACGUGCCCAAGUCGGAUAAUCUGGAUGUGGUCGUUUGUUCCGUGGGGAACAGGCAAUCGAUCCAGGAUAAAACGAAGAUAUUGAAGAGCCUUUGGGAUGCUGGCAUAAGAAGUGCCCUGAUCGAAGUCGCGAACAUAGAAGACAUCCAAGAGCAAAUGAACGAUGCGAAAGUGUCCCACGUGAUCGUGCUGAAAGAUAACGAACCGGGUAUGGUGAGAGUUAGAAGUUGGGAGAGAGAAAGAUUUCAGGAGAAAUCGUUCAGUACGAGCGAAUUGCUGGAGAACUUGCAGAGGAUUUUGAAAGCUUGGACGGAUAGAAACGAGGAGAGCGUUCAAAUGCAAUCGCUUUCCAGAUCGGAAAGCAGAUCGUCUUAUGGCGAAAAGAACGUUCACGUUCAAGAGGCUGUCGUAGAUGUGCUUUUCCUCGAUAAAUUGUCGUCAAACACCAGAAAAAGAUGCGAAAAUCAGUUACGAUCGCAACUGAGCAACUUGUUCAAGAGAUUGACCGGUUUCGUGAUUGUAAUCGUAAUGGCGAUAGACACGAACGUGAUAAGAACGUUAUCGUCCCAUUUGGAGUUCGAUAAUGAUGGGCAAUUUCAAAAAUCCGUCGAGAACGUUAUAGAAAGGCACCCGCGCUACAAGAAGUACUUAAACGACGUCUGUGAUGAAAUUUACGAGCAAAAAUCGAAACGAAAAAAUCCUAUAAUCGUUUUGUACAGUUCUCUCGACAAUUUCCAUAAAGUUAUUUAUAUAAGUUCCUAAAAUGUCUUUAUUACAGUAUACAUCUGGAGAUCAAUUUUUAUUUUUUUGGUAAAUCAGGAACAGUGAAAAAAUCGACACCCACAUAAUUGUGUAACAAUUUACAAAACUGCGUGUAAUAAAACCGUGUUAUUUUUCGUAAUUUUUUUACAACAUACUCUUAUUUCCUUAAAACUAAGAAGUAAUACAAAAGAGGGCGAGAACUUAUAAAACUUCGUAACUUAAUCUACAGAAAGAAGAAAGAAAAUGAAAACUAGGUACUGGAACACGGUUAGUAACCGUAACUACCCCCGUAACCGCCCCACUGAUUGUAACCGCCGUAGCCCCCUUGAGGGUACUGCCAAUUCUGGUACUGAUAUUGAUCGCCUUGUCCGUAUUGCGGAUAGUAAUUGGGGCCCUGUUGGUUUCCCGAAUACGCAUAGCUGGCUUGGCCAGAAGUCCCGUAUUGCCC